GUGUGGUGCAUAUUGGCAACUACGUAGAUAUGUCCAAUGAACGACUUGUCGGUACGUACGUUAUGUUCGAACGUGGACAUGGUUCUAUUCCGUGCUACGUCCGCAACCGUGCGGUGCACUGUGCCACCGCAUACAUAUUUCUCGUGUAUAUAAAAAAUAUACACAUAUAUACACAUUUCUUGUGUAUAUAAAAUAAAUAUAUACACAAGAAAUACAUACAUAUGUUGUUGGAAAGCAACUACUAUCUCCCCAAUCCGCUGAACUAAAUACUACAAUCUACACUAACUCACCGCACACACUCGCACGCGCAUGUUAACACACGCCAUACCAACCAACAUUUUUUUUCUUUCAAACUCGUCCAGUGCUCCAGAAUUGACCAAUCGUAUUGGUCAAUCGGUUUAAUUGGAUUAAUGCGAUUGGUUCGAGUGAAUUUGAGUUCUGAUACUCGGCAGAGAAUUUUAAAACACAGAUGAUGAACAAUUGGUUGGUUUGAUUUGUGAUGGUAGCUUGUUGUGCAAUUAGUUUGAAUAAAAGUUACAUUAGACAGUGUAAAUAGAUUCUGUAUAAAUAGAUGUUUUAUAUUGCGAAAUGUUAUGAAUCAUGAAUCUCAUUUCCGAUGAGCUCAUUGUGAAUGAACUCAUUCAAUCAACAGUGAUGUUAUCAUGGAUGUUAAAUUCUAUAUUUUUUUUUAUAUACAUUCCAUGUAUCUACGUAUAUAACUAAUCAGUUUUUAUAUGUAAUGUAAUGUAAUAACAAAGAAUAACAUAUGGAUUUUAAUAGCUCACUAUCAAGUCAAAUCAAACCAAAUUUAUAUGUACAUAUAUAUAUGUAAUAAUUUUGUGUAAAUAUCGCAAAUGUGUAAAUACUGAGUUAAAAUAGUGUAGAUUGAUUCAGCACAAUCAGUCACAACUGUGUGAUUUUCAGAUUGAACAACAUGCAUUGUUAUAAAAAUUGAUACCAAAAUGAGCAGCGCAAAGCACAAAAUAUGCAUGGUUUCGGAUUUCUUUUAUCCAAAUAUGGGUGGUGUGGAGGAACAUAUUUUUAAUCUAUCCCAAUGCUUGCUGGAACAUGGACACAAAGUAGUAAUACUUACACACUCAUAUGGUGAUAGAGUAGGAAUACGAUACAUGACAAAUGGUUUGAAGGUAUAUUACAUACCUGUCAAGGUAUUCUACAAUCAAUGUGUUCUUCCAACAAUGAUAUGCUCUCUUCCGCUCAUUAGAUACAUUUUCAUAAGAGAAGAGAUACAAAUAAUACAUGGUCAUUCUGCAUUCUCUGCUUUAGCCCAUGAAGGAAUGCUGAUUGGUAGAUUAAUGGGACUAAAAACAGUUUUUACAGAUCAUUCUCUUUUUGGCUUUGCGGACGCAUCUGCUAUUCUGACGAACAAAUUUCUUGAGAUAUCACUUGUGGAUUGUGAUCACUGCAUAUGUGUGUCUCAUACCGGGAAAGAGAAUACAGUAUUGCGAGCUAAAGUACAAAAGGAAAAAGUGUCAGUUAUUCCAAAUGCUGUCGAUACUGCAUUGUUUACACCUGACAUUACCAAACAAAGCAACGAUUUUAUCACUAUAGUAAUAGUAUCGCGAUUAGUAUACAGAAAGGGUGUAGAUCUUCUAGCUCAAAUAAUACCUGAGAUUUGUUCACGUCAUAAAAAUGUACAAUUUUUGAUUGGUGGAGAUGGUCCAAAAAGAUGGCUUAUAGAAGAAGUACGUGAGAGAAAUCUUCUGCAACACAGAGUUACUUUGUUGGGCAGCUUGGAACAUUCUCAAGUCAAACAUGUUCUUAAUAAGGGGCACAUUUUUUUGAAUACAAGUCUGACGGAGGCUUAUUGCAUGGCUAUUGUGGAAGCAGCUUCGUGCGGUUUGCAGGUAGUUUCGACGAAAGUUGGCGGAAUCCCGGAAGUCUUGCCACCAGAUCUUAUUUAUCUUGUAGAGCCUACUGCUCCUGCAUUAAUUGAAGGACUGGAGGCUGCUAUAACGGAUUAUAAAAAAGUGAAGCGUGAAGCCAAACGAAAUCUAGGACAGCAAUUAGCUAGUCAGAUACAGAGUGGUGUGUUGGCCUACUUGCUUGUAGUAUCCCUGUGCUAUAUAAUAUUAAUAGUCCUGGAAUUUCUUGUUCCUAAAAAGUACAUCGAUAUCGCGCGGGACUACAACGAAAUUCAUGUUAUGUCGUCCAACAAGAAAAGAAAAAAAGACUAACGAUAUAUUAUCACACAUAAAAGACUGGAAAAUAUGUAAACUUCUCAAAUUUCAAAAUGUGUUCAAGUAUUUUAUUCUGUACUUUGAAAACAUUCCAAAAAAAAAAAAAAAAAAAACUGAUCUUUUACAAAAGUUAUUGUUGAAUAAUGUGCGAAUGUUUAUUGUGGUUGCAUCUUUCUAUAGUUUUACAAGAAUAUGAUACAUACAUAUACGUACAUAUGGAUAUAUAUAUGUAUAUACAUGUACAUAUAAGAAUAUGUAUGUAUAUAUUUAUAUAUAUGUAAUAGUACACAACACAACGUAUAAAGUACAAGUUCUUUGAUACUUCUUUUUUGUACGUAGUUUCAACUGAUAGGAUUAUUUAUAUUUUUUAUUAUUUAUUAUAUUAUACGUAUAUGUAUAUACGGGUAACUUUCAUAGAAAAAUGUCGACAGAUAAAUGAAUCUUUAAUAACUGAUCAAUGAGCAUCAGAUCAUUAUUUAUCAAAAUAAUGUAAUUCACAUUUGUUAUAUGAGUUUUAUUAUGAUACACAUGAUACUUGUAUGAACCAAUGCAUAACAUGUAUAACAAUUCGUAACGAUAGUCAACCAUAACGCCACUUACCCCAUAUAAUACAUGUGAUACAUACAUACUUAAGAAAGAUAUUUAUUGCAUUAUUAAUAAAAUAUCAUCGUGUGUAUUACGAAUUAUUGUUGAAUUAUUAUCGUGCUUACGUUUAUAAAGCAAUUCACGCUAACUUUUUAAGCAGUUAUUUGUAGCAAUAUGUGGAAUAGAACGGUUAAUUCAUGUUCUUGUAGUCUCUAUGUAGUGAUGCAUUACCAUAUUUCCGAGUAUUUUUACUUUCUUGUAAGAGCAUUGUUAAUUUCGAACUUGCGGUUUUAUCACAAAAGUUGCCAUAUGUAUCAUAUUUUCAUCCAGUACACAACCUCUGUAUACAAAAUGGAUAUAAUUGCAUAUGUGUAUAUAUA